UGGACCAGCAAGUCUUUUCCAGCGCACAAAGUCAGAGACUGUCCAACGUGUGGAGUGGAGUAGUGGAGUAUUUCUGCUGACUUGGGAUAACGUAACGUGCAGUAUAUUGUGGACUUGUGAUACGUUUGCAUGAACUAUCUUCAAACAAUUCGUCUUCAUCUGAGGAUUUGAGGUUGAUAGCUUCAUCAGAAAGUUGACCAUGCUGUGUCUCCAGAACUCAGGGGACUGCUUCCGCGACCAGGUGCGCUACAUGAUGCGCUCGCUGCAGGACCUGAAGCAGAUCCGGGACCCGUGCGAGUUGCCCGGCCCUGCCAUCGGCCCUUCCUCCUCCAUCCCCGGGGGCUGCCGUCCCCUGUCUGCCUCCGGCGCCACCACCUCGUCCCGCAUCCACCAGAAGAGGGCGCUGCAUCGGGAGCGGCUGAGCAGACUGCGCAUCUCGGACGCCAGCGACGCCAGCACCUAUGAUUCGGCCUGCUGCCUGGCCAGCCCUCUGGAGGAGGACGAGGAGGAGGGCGGAAGUGUUGGAGGACGCGUAGGACGUCUAGCUCAGGGCUCGCCCAGCAGCGAGAAGAGCCUGGAGUUCGACUCGGGCUACUCGGAGGCCUCGUGGCAGGACGAGGGCGUGGUGCUUCGCCGGACGCGCAACGUGCGCGUGUCCUCGUCGGCGUGCGUGCGCACCAACCGCAUCCGGCCCAAGUCCACGUCGGACGCGUGCCUGGAGCGCUGGACGUCGUUUGAGUCCAGCACGGGCGGCGCAGAGCCCGAGGACUGGACCACGUCGCUGCUGACGCGCGGGCGCAACCGCCAGCCACUGGUGCUGGGGGACAACAGCUUCGCCGACCUCAUCAAGAACUGGAUGGACCUGCCCGAGUGUCCCGAGACGCCCCAGGUGCGGCCCAGCUCCGGGCGGCGUCUGGCCAAGGACUUCCUGGGGAACGUGCGGCGGAGGCUGGCCGGCAUGUCUCGGGUCACGGAGGGUCGGGGCAAGGCCAUGGACGUGAGCUCCAAGAGGCUCUCCUGCCCCGUGGGCAUGCAGACGCAGAAGCCCUUCUUCCACCAGUCGCACACGGGACUACACCAGCUCGACACGGACUACUACCGCUUCAGUGCCCUGAUGAAGUCGGGCAGCAGGCAACCCAUCAUAUGCAACGAUAUCAUUGGAUAUAUCUGAUCUCGCAAGGAGGGAUUAGAAGGACGGACUGCCAAAACUUGCCAAAGACUUUCCCCCCACAAAGCUGUUUACGUUUCUUGCCAUGUUGCCGGUGCCAUAAUGUUGAGAGUUAACAUGUUGUUAUAAUAAAA